GCGGCGCCCGGCGCCGGGCGGUCGUGGCAGGCCCGCAGCUGCUCGGGGCCCGCCGCGGCCCUCUGAGGGCCCGGCUCACCUUCCCGUCCCCGUGCGGCCGGCCCUGUUGCUGCCGCGGCUUGGGCUUGCCUCCCGCGGGGCCGUGGAGCUGCGCCGGGUGGCUGGUGCCGUGGGCAGAUUCGUUUGAGAGCCGCGGCGCCGCCUGCCGAAGAGGCAGCUUCGCCUCCGCGGCGGUGCCGCAGCCGAACGCGGCUCCCGGCCCUGCCGCGCCAGCGACACGCGGCUUCGCCGUGCCGUCUUGGUCCCGCGGGCUGCGGCGUGCCUGAGGCUUUGCGCCACUUCACAGAGCUUCGCAGCCGAAGGGGGAGCUGCUCCGAGUUAAAGUUACAGUAUCUGUGUGCAUAAGCUGAGGCUUUUCAAGCUAAUAUGAGCGUGUUUGAGCAGAAGCUGCUAGUAGCAAAUUCGGGCUGAUCUUCCAAGGUUGAAUAUCCUGAUGUACAAUUUAAUGUCUUACUGGAGUGUGCUGGAGCUUGCACAGUUGCAUUUUACCUGAAAUCUCAAAAUGUCCAUCUCACCAACAUGUCAUGGUAGAUGUAGCAGAGAGGGAGAUUAUGGAUAACCUUACAUUUAAAAGUGAUACUGUACUUUCUGAUGUUCACUUACACCAUCCAAACAAAAGACAUCUCAUGGUACGACUGAAUGCAGCUGGACAGCCAGUAUUCCUGUCAUAUUUCAAGCUUCUUUGGAACACUCAUGAUUGGACAUCUGGAAAAAAUGCAAGAGAAGCUACAACAGAAGAUCACCAGUACAAAAGUGGAGAGGAACUGUGUGAUAAGGACAGGAAUAAUCUAAAAAAUGAAAUAAAAAUAAAUAUUAAAGGGUUAGAAGCUCUUCUAGAUGAUGACGGAGACCUGGAAGUUGUCAGAAGACCUCAAAGUGCCUCUGGUUUAGAAGUGGAGGAUCUUUUGAGGGAUAGGGUAUAUCCUGUAAUUCUGACAAGAGGGGAAGAAGAUGCUUUUGAAGAUGAAGAACAAGAAUACACUUGCAGUGAUGUUCUUAAAAUAGAACAUACUAUGGCAACUCCUUUGGAAGAUGUUGGUAAACAAGUCUGGCGUGGAGCAUUUCUUCUUGCUGAUUAUAUUCUGUUUAAAAGGGACAUGUUCAGGUGUUGCACAGUAUUAGAGCUUGGAGGUGGCACUGGAAUUACAAGCAUCAUUAUGGGAACAGUUGCCAAGAGAGUUUACUGCACAGAUGUUGGUGAAGAUCUUCUGGCCAUGUGUGAACAUAAUGUUGCAUUAAACAAACACCUGAUUGAGCAGGGAAGAAGUGAAAUCAAAGUUAAAGAACUAGACUGGCUGCAAGAUGAAUUCUGUACUGAUCUUGGAGCUCCUUAUAGGUGGUCUGAAGCAGAGAUUGCUGAUUUGCAUGACCACUGUACUGUGAUAAUGGCAGCUGAUGUGUUCUAUGAUGAUGACCUGACCGAUGCCUUGUUCAGAACACUGUAUAGGAUCACACACAACUUGAAAAAUUCUUGUACAGUUUACUUAUCAAUAGAAAAGAGGCUGAACUUCACUUUAAGACAUAUGGAUGUUACAUGUGAAGCCUACAGUCAUUUUAGAAAUACUCUAAAUGAUCUGGAGAACCUCCAAGAUAGAAAAAUGAAAUAUACUGUGGAGCCUGUUAAACUUGAUUUCUGCCAAUUUCUCAUUUAUGAACGGAUUGAGCAGUUGGAACUGUGGAAGGUCAUUGCAGAACAGCUGACGUGACUGGGACAUGAGAAAACUGAAGAUACUUAGACAAAAGAUAAAGGCUUUUUUUGAUGUUGUUAUUAAAAAUGAAUCCUCGUGCCAAGAAAAGGAUUUUCCUGGUGGAAACAUGUUCUCUGAAAGUAAUUUCAAGCAAAUUUGCCUUACUUUGAUAAGUUUAUUUCUGGCACUUAGGACAUGGUUUCUGUAUUGUUUUUCUGUUAUGAAUUUUUUUAAGACUGAUCCUCAAGAGUACAGAUCCAAAAAGAAUUUCAUUAGCAUGUGUGAUAUCCCAUGAUGUUGGAUCUUGAACUGUGGCAGGAAUGUGGUACUGCAUGUUCUUUAGGUUUUGUGAUUUAGUUCUUAAAUUCUGACAAAGAGCUAUUUUCCAUGUGGCUGGUUUGCACGUACAUUGCACGUACAUUUCCAUUUUUAACUUUCUAAACUUGGGCACUUUCCUCUGUCUCAUGCUGAUUCCGUGUUAUUUGUAUUUAUAGAUGUAUUUGAAACAGUCUUCUGGGCAAGACUACUUGUCUUUAACAGACUGUUUCCUCAUCUUUAAGCAAUCUGUUUAUGAAAUUUAGUCUUUUAUUUUCAAUUUGUCCUAUCAAUAUAAUUUUAGUUUAGGGCUACUGUCUUAGUUGAAGGAGACAAGAUGCAUUUAGAUUUAAGUCUCUAAAAAUGUUCCAUAACAGUUUCAGAGGUAUGUUGUCCUACUGGUGUUUUAAGCUAUUCUGCCCCUGCCAGGUUGAGGGUGGGAAGACUUUAUGGAAAAUGGCUUGCUCCCGUUCUUUAAAUGUUGGGACUUUUACCCUUUGUAAAUGUAUGAGGUUGGAAAGUGGCAGAUAACCAGUGUCAAGAAAGUCUUGACCGUACAGAUGGAGCUUUCAGUAUCUUAGCUUUUGGACUGAAGUAUAACAUAUUGAUCAAUUUUUUCCUGAGUGAUUAAUGAAACCAAAAAUUAUAAUGUUAUAUCUUUUUUUUUCAAUGCAUACUCUCAUGUUAUAUCACUUAGCACAUGUACACUGUCACUGAAACUUUUGUUGUGCUGAUUUUUUUUAGCUUUAUGAGAAUGUUAAUGAUAAAAAUAAAAUUAAUGAUAAUAUAUAAUAAUAAAGCUCUUCUGCCCUGUGACUUGUAGGGGUGUGCAUACA